AUGGCUUCUGACUCGUCCAACACCGCGUCCCAGACAGCGAUUGUGGCUUGCAUAUCCUUUGAUCAACGGAAAGGGACCAAACUUAUAGAAGUGUGCUUCCAGCCCACCAGAACCGCUGCUCUGCGAGUUGCCGUGGAUUUGAAACUCUUUGAAACUGCCGUGCAGGACAAUGGUAGGCCAAAGACGGACGAAGAUUUCGCGGCCGCAGUAGGGGCUUCCUCGACACUGGUCAAGCGGAUUGCUCGUGCCUGUGUAUCAAUGGAUAUGCUCGACGAACAAGGACCCGGUCUCUAUGUUCCCAACGACGUGACCAGACUCCUAUCAAAGCCCGAAUACGUCGGCGGCAUUAUUCAUUGGUAUGCCAUCGUUUUUACUCCUGAUUUGCACAUGGCGGCUGAUUUGUUUGGCGGUGAAAGCUUCGAUAUCACCCAGCUGUCCUUCUCUCGGAUGCCCGAAUACUUACGAAACACAAAAUUUCAAACCCCCGAAAACGCUCUCGACGGACCAUUUCAAUACGCAAACAAGUGUGGUUCGGCCUUCGCCUGGCUCAGCGACCGCCCGGACAACUUCUAG